UCAAACACUGGUGUAAAACACUGGAAAACUGGUGGGAAACAACAUAUGUCCCUGUUUAGCGUUCUUAUUUUCUACUUGUUACCAUGCUCGAGAAGUUUUUGUGAAACGGAGAACUGUUUUCAAACUAGGGAUGCCACUUUUAAUAUUUAAUGUAUCUCUCGCAAAACAGCUAAGUUUUCGCAGUUACUUCACAAGCAUGCGUGACGAUCACCUUCUAUCUUAGGGUCACUUGAAAGAACGAAGCAGUACUCUUCUUGUAUCAGUUAAUGACAUGGACAUUUCGGAAUCUUCAGGUUACAAAGAUUUUGUAUGGGCAGUUGAACUUCAUCGUUUAAGCUUCGAAGUAGUUGGUUUGUGGCCGAAAACCGAAAAAUUUACUAAGAAAUAUCAGAGGCCAGAAAUACGAGUCGGUAUUAUCUUAAGUUUAUUAAUAAUUAUUUUUCUUCCGACGAUAUGUACAUUUAUGCAUGUUUGGGGUAAUAUGGUACUCGUAAUAGAUAGUUUACAUAUCGCAUUACCAAUGACGGCAAUAUUUGUGAAAUAUGUUAUUGUGCGAUGGAAAAGAACAGUUCUCUUCGCGAUUGUAAAUAUGAUAGCGGAAGACUGGAUGGAAUUCAAGCACUUUACAGAGAGAACUGUGAUGAUAAGACAAGCACAAAGUGCUCGAUUAAUCACGUUAACUGGAUACAUUUUCGUUGCAAUAGGAUUUCUCAUCGUAUCCAUUCCGCCUUAUUUUGGCAUUCAAAUAAUAUAUACAACAAAUUUUAUGAAUCGGAGCAAAUUGUUACCGUUCGAGACGUAUCACUUCUAUGAUACAGAUAAGAGUCCGCAAUAUGAAUUGACAUUUUUCAUUCAGAUUAUAUCAAGUUUUUUAGCAUCUAUUGUUUAUAUAUCUGUAGAUAUUUUUUUGGUGCUAAUAAUUUUUCACAUUUGUGGCCAAUUAGAAAUCUUCAGAUGCCGAUUAGUUAGCUUAGUUUUGUGCAAAAAUUUCAACAAAGUUCUGAAUAACAUCAUAGCAACCCACGUACGACUCAUCAGAUUUGCUGAAAAUAUUGAAAAUAUGUACUCCUUAAUAAUGUUAAUAACGGUACUUUGCUUCGCUAUUACAUUUUGCCUAAACGGCUUUCUAUUUACUUUACUUAUUAACAAAAAUACAGAUAAAGUUGCUGUUACAGAAAUAUACUUUACAAUAAUUUUUCUUAUUUCCUUAUUGAUGAAUACUUUUCUUUAUUAUGGCGCAGGAGAGCUUAUAACGGAGCAAAGCAAUGCAGUACAUCGUGCUCUGUGUGAUCUUGAAUGGUAUAAAUUGGAAUCAAGAAAGGCGAGAAAUCUUAUUUUGUUAAUGAUACGAACCCACUAUCCAUUUCGUAUCACUGCAGGAAAAAUUAUUCCAUUAACACUGGCUACGUUUUGCAGUGUAUUAAAAACAUCGUGUGGCUAUAUAUCAUUUUUAAUGACAAAACAUGGUUGAAGAUAAAUAUUACUACAUUUUAUUACAUGAAAGAAAUGGAUACAUUUCUAGUUAAAUAAUUACAAAUGACAAUUGUAUACAGUAAUUGUUAGAACCAGUAAAAAUAAAAUUUUGUUUUGUUAGAUUAACAUUCAUCGUUUAUCAUAAACUAUAUUGCGUUUCUGUAACAUGACAAUAUUUUCAUUGUCCGUCACUAGAAUACUUUAAUGGAGACUCGUUUGUAUAUAACAUAUUACGUUCAAACAGAAGACAAGUUUAUAGUUAUAAAUUGCCUUUACUAUAUGACACUCAAUAAUAUUAUUAUAUUAUAUUAAUAAGAUUAUCAAUGUUAGUGUUACUUUAUUAAAUUAAUAUGAU